UCGAAUCCUGCUCCCUCCACCUCCUCCCCGCUUACCGUGGCAAGGAUAACCCGGCUGGCUAUCGACAACAACCACCCGCCUGUGCCGUCGAGCCCACACUUGUUGGGAACUUCGUCUCCAUGGCUACAAACGACCGACAGCUCCGCUGUUUGGACACAGGCCCCUCUCGAUGAAGAGCCGUCAACUGCCGUCAGACGAACCCUCCGUGCGCCUGAAGGCACGGGGUCGCGUCAGUGA